GAGAAUUAAGAGAGAAAAUUGCAGAGGCGAAAAACAGCUGCGUCGAAGCGGCGUCGUUUUCGAGCUUAGAAAGAAUGGCUGAGGUGAUAGAUGUCAUGGAUGUCGACGACGACAACGGCAAUUUCAAUUCCGCCAAGCCCAACCUCAAGGGCAAAAACGUCGUCGUUUCAGCUGCUCCACCGGACACCAGAGCCACCCCUUGGGUCGAGAAAUAUCGCCCCCAGUCUCUCGACGACGUCGCCGCCCACCGCGACAUUGUUGAGACCAUUGAUAGAUUAGCAUCUGGGAACAGAUUGCCCCACCUACUGCUUUAUGGACCGCCAGGGACAGGGAAGACUUCUACUGUUUUGGCAAUGGCUCGGAAACUUUAUGGAAACAAGAUGCAAAACAUGGUUCUGGAGCUGAAUGCAUCCGAUGAUCGUGGUAUUGAUGUUGUUAGGCAGCAGAUUCAGGACUUUGCAAGCACACAGAGCAUCUCUUUUGGGGGAAAGUCUGCCGUAAAAUUGGUUCUACUGGAUGAGGCAGAUGCCAUGACUAAGGAUGCACAAUUUGCUCUUCGUAGAGUGAUCGAGAAAUACACCAAAAGCAAUAGAUUUGCUUUGAUCUGCAACAAUGUCAAUAAAAUUAUUCCAGCACUGCAAUCAAGAUGUACACGGUUCCGCUUUGCCCCCCUUGAUGCUGUUCAUGUCAGGGAUAGGCUCAGACACGUAAUUGAAUCUGAAGGGCUUGAUGUUCCAGAAAAUGGUAUGAAAGCUCUUGUACAGCUUAGCAAUGGUGAUAUGAGGAAAGCCUUGAAUAUUUUACAGUCAACACAUAUGGCCUGUCAGCAAAUCACAGAAGAAGCUGUCUACUUGUGUACUGGGAACCCUUUGCCCAAAGACAUCGAGCAGAUAUCCCAUUGGCUCCUGAAUGAGCCCUUCACAACUAGCAGCCAAAGAAUAUCUGAGAUGAAGACAAGAAAAGGGUUGGCUCUGGUUGAUAUCGUGAGAGAAGUUACCAUGUUUGUUUUUAAGAUCAAGAUGCCACCAGCUGUCCGCAUUCAACUUAUUAACGAUAUGGCUGAUAUCGAAUAUAGGUUGAGCAUGGCAUGCAAUGACAAGCUGCAGCUGGGGUCAUUAAUUGCUGCUUUUACACGAGCCAGAGGUUCGAUAGUUGCUGCUGCAACAUAACGAUCAUGUGGGUGACGAGUUUCUGCUAGUGUGCUGCUGCUCAUUUUAUGUGCUACCGUACAGUAACAACCCUCCUUCGUAGUUUGAUUGACUGGUGUAUAUUUUUGUACUUGAGAGAUGUUUUCCCACCCCUUUUUAACUGUGAACACCUUACUUUGGUACGUGUGACUUUUUCUUCA